GGUGGUGAAGAUGCCAAAAUUUUAGAUUUUCACAUAAAACAUUGUAAAACAUUAUCUAUUUCUCACCUUCUGGAUAUAAAAGACUAAUGACAAUAGUGUCUACCUAAUUUAAUACAAACAAACAAUAUUUGGGCAAAAUUUCACUUUGAUCGGCCGAGUAGUCUUUGAGAAAAUGUCUCAUGAACAUGCUUGCGGAGGACAUCUCCAGGCAAAUCCAUCAGUUUCCCAGACUCUUGAUGAAAUGGAAUUUGAAAGAGGAAUAUGGCCUGCUGCAAUGGAUGGGGAAUUAAAUAAAGUCUCUAGUCUCCUUCGAAAUGGGACAAAUGUUGAUGCAAGAGAUAAUUCAGGUUAUACAGCUUUGCAUUAUGCCAGCAGAGGAGGACAUUUAGAAAUCUGUAGACUUCUCUUAGAUUCUAGUGCCAGUGUCAAUGCCCAGACCAAGUCAGGUGGCAUCACUUCACUUCAUCGUGCAGCAUAUUGUGGACAUAUCGAGGUGGUGUCUCUGCUGCUGCAGAAGGGAGCCAGGCCCGAGAUGUGUGAUAAUGACGGGAAGACAGCUUUACACAAAGCUGCUGAGAAAGGGAAACCAGAAAUUGUCAAGAUGCUCGUGGCUGCUGCUCCAGGGACGAAGUCAGUGAAAGACAAUCGACAAAAGCAACCUGUCAAUUACGUGCCGGAUAGUAAACCAGAACUCAAAGCAAUCUUGGCCCCAAGCUGAAUCACUGUAACCCAGAACGAAAACAUAUCCGAGUUACAGUAAUUGUUA